AUGAGCGAAGCUUUCGAAUCAGCCCAAGACUAUGCACAACGCUACCUGUUGCCGAUCGCUGUCGGGUCAAUACUCGCCAUCCCUGGCGCAUUUCUUUUGCUUACCGGCAGCACUACUUUAUUGCAGACAGUGCCAUGCAUUUCACUGUCAGCCUCGACGUCGAAACUUCUUCCAGACUCCACGGCCACGCCAUCCCUUUUGCGCACUAUCACCUCGCGUCCGACUACCAGUUCGUUAAUUCUUAGCGCAGACGAGGGACUAGUGACAAGUGGUGUCUACCGAUUGAUCGCCUCCACACGCAACGUUCUCAAAGCCACUGCGACUCCAUCAGCCGACCGGUACCGUUCUGAGGCGCGCUACGAGCUGCUCAGCUUUGCUUUUACACUACCCCUUUUGGCUUUGAUCAUCGCGAUUCGACCAAGAACACCCAUUUUCAUUGUUCGGCAACUACCCAAUUCGUGGGCGACACUUUUUUUGCAUUUGCUCGCACUCUUCUUUUGCGCCAAUCCAAAGCUUGACCGGUGCGACUUGCUGGUAUUGAUUUUUGUCAUGGUUGCGUUUGACUUGUUUCAGCAAGGCUUGGGCGAGAGGACACUUCACGAAUUCAAUCAGCCACGCGACCAAACAUCGUCUGCUGAAACCCCUGAUAUGGAAACUUGCUCAAAUCAUACUAGCGCGAGUAUGGCGAUUGUCGCAGCAAAAGAGCACCUGGCGCAUAGGUCAACCACAUCCGACACGACCUUGACAACUUUUGAUGCCAAAGACCGAGAGAUUGUGCGGCUGCAACGAGCACUUACCGAAUUGAAAGCCGCCCACAGAGCUAGCGAAGCGCAACUUCGCGUUUCAAAGGAGGAGCUUUUCAACGUGCGUGAGACACUCAACGGGACUCUUGCCGAGUACGCCAACCUGCGCGAGGAGUUGAAGGUUCUCAAACAAAACCUGGGGCGCGACCACCAGGCCAUUGUAUACCGGAAAGACAUUGAGCUAUUUGCACUUCGCAAAGGCAACGAACAGAAAGACCAGUGCAUCCGCGACCGGGACGUCAAGAUAGAAGAGAUGAGCAGACAGCACAAAGCUGCGAUUGAAGUGAAGGAUGCCCAGCUGAGGCUGAUGAAAGAGCGGAUAAUCUCGAUAGAGCGAGAGUCGAGCCCAAGGUUCACGGAAGAGGGGGAAGACGGUGACCAUGCACUCGAGGUGAGGUUACUGCGAGUGAGGAAGAGCAGCAGAGCCUCGCAGCAUGGAGAGGAGGACAAGGACGCCAUCAUCGCACGACUCCGCGAACAGCUGUCUGCUAUUCCCUCAGUCAGUGACGACAUCGUCAAUCAUCAAGCCGAGCUGUCGAGGGCAUGGGAUGUGGUGGAGGAGACCAAGAAGGCUUUGAAAAAAGAGCGGGAGAAGCGUAUCCAAACACAGGAACAGCGAGAUGAGGCCAUGGUAAAGCUGUGCGAAAUCGAGGCACAGAGUGGGAGUCGAGCAAGCACCGUGGCAGGUCGUUUGCCAACAAUAAACGAAAAUGACCACGACAAGAACGAACUUGAAGCCAUCUUUGACACGACCCAGGAGGAAAACAUCCGGCUAUAUGCAGAAGUGGCAGCUCUCGAGAAGCGGUUAACUGAUGCAAAUUCACGCACAUUCGCUGCUGUACAAGAAUGCGAGGCGCUGCGAUCACAGCUGAAGAUGACAAAGCCCAAUGGGGGUGAUGUCAACACCGCACGCCCAAGUGUCGUGCACCAUGUACAUCUUCAGCGUAUGGAAGAUCAAUUGGUUGACCUUCGGGAUGCGCUCAAAGACAAGGAAGAUGAGACAAGGAAACUGAAGAAGUCACUCGCCAACAAAGAUUUGUACGUCAAGGAGAUCCAAGGGGAACUCGACGCCGCCGCUACCUUUCACACUCAAGACCAAGAUGAGAUUGAACGUCUCAAGCAGUCUAUCUCAGAGCUUCAAGCAACCAAGUACCAGCUCAUGCUCGACCGUGAGAGACUCGUAACAAAUCGACCCCGCCACCGAGUCAUUUCAACUGAGCGUACAGACCGCACAUCCGCCCGAUCCAGCGGCGCCACCCUCAUCCAGGAAUUGAGCGCGGCAUCAAAUACGCCUUCAGAGAACAAUGCACCUCCGACAACUGCGCAGAGCGUAACUGUGCCAGAACGGGAAGGGAGCAUCCAACAAACACCGGUACGACAUCUUCGAAGCAAGAGUUCACAUAAGGCUGAGCUCAACCGAUGGAGCUUGAUGUCGCAAAACCUGCCACCUCCAGAGUUGAGAGAGUACAAGGAAACACGAAGGAAGAGUUCAGGAUUCAAAGAAGUGAUGCAAAAGAUGGUUGGCGGGAACAAGAAAGAGGAGUCCAUCAUCCGGCGCGCCCUGACUCCAAAGGAUAAAAACGCUCGGACAAGGCCUUCGACGGCUGCCUCGAAUGUCGCGGUGAAACCGGUGAGACAGACAUCAGCCAACAAGGUGGCCACGUCGCCUGUUCCGCAGAACGUGCGCGCACCCAAGGCCAUGCGCAAGAGGCCUACCAACCAGCGCUACUACGCCGAGCAAGAAGCCAGCGACCAGGAAAAUCAGGUCCCCGAGCGACCGCACACCAUGGGAGCGAAUGUGCCUGAGAAGCCAAAGAGCCGUCUACAUUGGGGUGCUACAAAUAAGCUGAAGCGGCGCUCACUUCUCUGA